UUAAAGCAGCAAGCCCCUCCUCCGCAAAGCUGAGCAGAGGAGCCGAGUGAUGCUGGCAGGAGCCUGAGCUCCACGAUAAACUCUGGCAUCAGCUCCUCUUCAUCCGGCAGUCAGCGAGGACACAGUGAGGGGUGCAGGGGCAAAGAGAGAGACGGAGACGGAGGAAGAGUGACAGGGACGGAGGGAGCAGGAGAGAGAGAAACCAGAGACAGACAGAUAAUAACAGGCCAAAACACUGAGAGGGAGAAGAGGUCACAAGAAUAACAUGCUGCUUUUUCCUCAGUGUGCAGCCUACAGAUGCGGGUGAACGCUGACUGGAAUGACGGGUGGCAGCGCGUUUACGGCAGCGGGAUUGUCUGAGUGACGGCAGCGGCCACAUCACAAUCCGAAGUAGGAGUUCUCCUCGCCUCCCUGGCUCUUAGUCAUCUUCUGCCUCCUCUCUCUCCUUUUCCAGAGUGCUAUCAGGGCCAUUCAUCGCUCCCAUCUCAUGCCCCCUGCCUCCUCCUCCUCCUCCUCCACCAUAGCUCCAUCCUCCACUUGUACUCCUCCUCUGAUGAGCCACAACCUCAGAGUGAAAUAACCCUGCUGGAGCUUCUCUCUUUGUCAAGACAGUGCCAUGUGCAGUUGGCCAGCGCAGCCCGUGGCAGUGGCAUCGCCCUGGAUUAGGCGAGAAUCUCUCCCCCCAGUUCCUUCGCCGGGGCUUCAUCGGGAAGCUUUCAGGGGAUUUAUCCUGUGCUGCCGGAUGGCACAGAGAUCCCUACCUCUCUGAAGAGACUCUUUGGAGAAAACUAACUACAUGGAUAGGAAGUAAAAUAAUUAUCCAAUCACAGCACAAGCAGGCAGACUGGGUUCCCUUAGCAACAACUGAAGGAGACAAGAGAAUCCUUUUUUUUCUCUUUCUAUUCCCUUGGUUUUUUGGGCACACCCCUGUGGACCGCCUUGGGUCAGUGUUUUGGAAGAGGAGUUGGAGAGGGAUGUUGCAUAAGACGAUCUCCCACCCGGAUUCCAGGGGAUGGCGUUCAUUUGCUUUCCGCCCUCCCCUGUUCGUAUGUCUCACUGGCACCAUGAUCAUUUUCUAAUCCUUCCACAAAUUGUCAUCACAAGUCACGUUCUGCUGGCUUAGAAAUCAAUUCAUCCUGAUCCCAUAUCACCUGGAAUGAGCUCUGCAUUUAGGAAAGGGGGGUAGAGAGAUUGGACGCUGCGUGAAAAGAAAACAACCCGCUCCUUCACCUCAGAUCUUUCAUGGACAAAAAAUGAGAGGUUAGACCAUCGCCUGUGAAGAGAAUGGAUUUGAGGCAAAGUUCAUUUUGAUUUCUGAGGAGAAUUGUAUUUUUUUUUUCCUGAGGGAAAGAGGAAUAUUCCCUUUUUUCCAAACAGAAUCCAUCAUUUAUCUUUUUAUAGACAGCAUCCCUCACUGGGGGACUAUAUUUAGACGGCAAAUCCUGGCCCCUCUGGCUCGCAAGAGAAUAGAAAAAGUUUAUUGUGAAAACUGACCCACAGUUGGGAUUUUAUAUUUUUCUAUUGAGGUUACAGCCUAUGAAACUUACUGUAGAAAAGGGUAGAAGUGAACCUCUUCGCUGCUCUUACUUUUCUAUGUCAGUCUGAGCUGAUGUCACCAGGUUUUGCAGGUGAAAAGGAUUGUACAGGAAUGGAAAAGUCUACUCCCUGUAUAGACGGGUGUUUUUAAAAUAGCUCCUCCCUGGGAACAAUUUCAAAUAUACACACUGACACAUGAGAUGAGUUGGCUCAACUUGGUUAUGUAAUAGUUCCAUACAAGCCUCAGCACAUGUGUUUUUCUUUCGCCUUUUUCAAUGGAUUUACUCCUUUCAACUUUUCCCAUGCCGACUUUCUCUUCGUCUGGGGGAGGGUCUGCCAGAAGGCAUGGAUGUCAGAGCGUGACCCUAUGCCAAGUGUGCGGGCGAGGCAAGGCGUUUCGGCUGCCCAGGUGCUUUUAAGAUGUUGAGGUCUCCCUGCGUGGCCGGGGCCCCUGUUCGGAUCAGUAGCACUGAGGCUCCUUGUAGCCAAAGACAUGGACCCCGACUCGGCUCCCCCACGCCCUCAGCCUGUUGGCCACUGGCCCCACAUUGCUUUGUAAAGGAUGUCCCUCAGCAGAGCUCCGGCCCGGGACACCUCUGAGACCCCCAGCCCGAGAGAACGCAUCCGCAGCCACAUGAAGAUGGUGAUUGACCAGCUGGAAGGCAUUCUCAAGGAGCUCAAGGAUGUGGCCAAGGAACUCCGGGAGGUGGUGGGUCAAAUUGAUAAAUUAACUUCUGACUUUGACUUCGACCUGGAGCCAGAUGACUGGACGGUGGCCACAGCGAGCAGCACAUCCAGCAGUGAGCGGGGUUUGGGAGAAGCCUUCAGGCUGGACUUUCUCAAUGCAGAUGUGCUUUCGGACAGCUGGGAGUUCUGCAGUUACCUAGAGGCUGCUGGUGCAGCUGCCCGCAGAUCUAGCGAACAACCGGGGGAUCUACAACAGGAGCUGAGCCAGGGAUCUAUCCCAACCCAGACACAGACCCCCACCCCACCCCCCACCACUGCCUCGGUCUACUCUCAGAUGAAUGGUGGGCUUCCUAUCCCCAAUGGGCCUCGCAUUAUUACUCCAGACUCCUCCAGCGAGGAGGCCAGUAGCUCCACGUACAGCCAAAAGACCUCCCGUACGUCUGGCACACGGGAAAGAGUCCGUUUCAGUGACAAAAUUCUCUACCAUGCGUUGUGCUGCGACGAUGACGAAGAGGAGGAGCAGGAGGACCUACGGGAGGACAAGAGUGGCUGCGCUACGCCGGACAGCGAUACAGAGCCAGGCUCGAUCGCUCCUAAGCGUUCUUCCUCCGAGCACUCGCUCCUGCAUAACUGUCUGGAACCUUCCUACAGCUCCUUGCCAGCAAAGGCGAUGACAGGAGCUCACACACUACCCAGGAAAGGUCUCUUAAACCCCGGCUGCCGCAAAAAACUGUUACGAAAUAGCAGCACACAAACUGUCUCUGACAAGAGCACUCAAACUGUACUGCCCUAUAUUCCAACCAAACAGAAAGCAAAGGACCACUGAGGAAGCAGACAAAUCUCAUGAAGAGAACUGUGCAUUAUUUAAUAUUAAAUACAUAGCUCAUAGAUUAAUACACAAAUAAAUAAAUUACUAAAUAAAUAAAUGAUAUAUGGAAAAUCUCUUGACUAUCCAAACUCAUUCUGUGGCUCAGGGAAAUCCAAAAGCAAUCGAACAAAAUCCAACAAUAAAGCAAAGGUUGCAGGUCAAUAAAAAAAUCUAUUCGUACUCAGGUUAAAACAUAAUAAAGGAACUUGAAGAGAGGGAAAUGACCAUCUGAUUGUUUACUGAAUUUUAAAGUCAUUUGUAUUAAAGUCAGUAAAAUAUGUAUAUGAUUCCCAAGCAAAAC